GUCUUACACCAAUUCAACCAACGUUUUCUCUGUUCUUUGUUUUGCACAUUUAUAAACACAAAAACCAGCAAAUAAUUAAGCCAAAACUACAACUUAACUAUUUAAUUACAACUUACUAAAAGAAAUGGGUAGAGCUCCAUGUUGCGAUAAGGUUGGCCUUAAGAAGGGGCCUUGGACUUCUGAAGAAGAUCAAAUUUUGGUCACUUUUAUUCACAAUCAUGGCCAUAGCAAUUGGCGCGCUCUCCCUAAACAAGCCGGUUUAUUAAGAUGUGGGAAGAGUUGUAGAUUGAGAUGGAUAAACUAUCUAAAACCGGAUAUUAAAAGGGGUAACUUCUCUAGAGAAGAAGAGGAUUCUAUUAUUCAACUCCAUGAAAUGUUGGGAAAUAGGUGGUCUGCCAUUGCAGCAAGGCUUCCAGGAAGAACAGACAAUGAGAUAAAAAACGUGUGGCACACACACUUAAAGAAGAGGCUAAAGGAAUACGAACCCACUAAAUCAUCAUCACGUGGAAAAACGUCCAAGAAAAGUCGUGCAAACAAUAAUAACGCCGCCGUCCCCACCACCACAACUGACUCGAACACUAGUGGUGGAAACGAUAGUUUCCCGGAAAGUAGUAGUAUUGCAACUUCUGGGUCACCACAACAAUCUUCAACGACAACGACAACGACAACGAGUGACGACUACUUUUCAUCGGGAACUGAGGUAUCAUCAAGUGUCGAAUUAUUCCCUAACAGUGACACGAGUUUAUUUGGGUCGCCAAGUUUGGAAUAUCUACCAAUAAUCGAUGAGACAUUUUGGGAGUCGUCAUCAUCACAAGAAGUAGCAUUGGAUACAUCCGAAUUUGAUUACAUUGUGGAGGAUAAUGAUCAAAUUGUACAAUUUGAGUCAUUUUUAAGAGAAGAAGAUCAGGGUAAUUAUAAUAAUAAUAAUAAUUACAAUGGUAAUAAUGAGGGGGCGGGCCUAGUAAAUUAUGGUGAUGACAUGGAUUUUUGGUUAGAUGUUUUUGUCCAAGCUGGUGGGGCCCCUGAAUUGCCAGAUUUUUGAACCAAACUUUUCUUGCAUAAUCACAUGCAAUGAGGGCGGCUGGAGAAAAAGGACAUGGAAAAUAUUUACUACACUAAUUAUUCACCAUACAGUAACAAACAAAGUUUUUUUUUUAAUUGGUUAUUUAUUUCUUUUUGGAAAUAACCUUAAAAGUUCCUCUCUUUUUAUUGUAUAGUGUUUAUUUUAAUAUGAAAGGCUACAAUAGUCAAAAGUGUAUGCUUUUUUUGACCGUUAGAUAGUGAGGCUUGAAGAA